GUUGCAAUUUUUUCCUAGCAUUUUCCAGUCUCAAAUGCUCAAGAAUUGGAAACAAAAAUUUCUGUUUCCCCACAUUACCGGAUACACUUUUCUUCAUCCCUUCAAUUUCUUGGGCUGUCUUCUCUUCUUCUGAAGGGUUGGUACUAACCUAAGUAAUUGUCUACCAAAGCAUAGCCGGACUACACCCAGAGAUGGCUGAAGGAAGUGGACAUGAGGAGACAACUCUUGAGCAUACAUCAACAUGGGCAGUGGCAGUUGUUUGUUUCAUCUUGAUUGCUGUUUCCAUACUUAUUGAACAUGGUCUUCAUCUUCUAGCUAAGUACUUACAGAGGAAGAGGAAAAAGUAUGUUCUUCAUGUUCUGAGCAAAAUCAAAUCAGAUUUACUGCUCUUGGGAUUCAUCUCUUUGAUGCUGACAGUGGGAGAAAGGCCGCUUGCAAAAAUCUGUAUUCCAAAGGGCGUUGUUGAGACCUUCCUACCUUGUCAAAGCUUGACUAGUGAAGACGAUGAAGAAUCAAAAUGUCAAGAACAGGGAAAAAUGUCGUUCAUGUCAAGAGAAGGUGCACAGCAACUCCAGAUGUUAAUUUUUGUGCUGGCUUUUGUCCACGUUUUAUCUUCAUUUCUAACCUUCAGUCUUGGAAUGGCAAAGAGGAAACUUGAAGACCUGUAUCUGAUCAAUAUCAUUGGCUUUUGUGGUCAAUCUGACAAUUUCCAGAUGAGAAGAUGGGAAUCUUGGGAGGCAGAAACAAGAACCAUGGAAUAUCAGUUUUCAAAUGAUCCAAGAAGAUUCCAGCUUAUUCAUCAAACAACAUUUGGAAGGCGGCAUCUCAGAUUUUGGAGUGAAUACCGAAUUCUUCGUUUACCAGUUGUUUUCUUUCGACAAUUCUUUAACUCCGUUUCCAAAGUUGACUAUAUAACUCUGCGGCGUGGAUUUGUCGCGGCUCAUUGUAAAGAAAAAAGUAGCUUUGACUUCCAGAAAUACCUGAGGAGAGCUUUGGAGAAAGAUUUUGGAGUGGUUAUUGGGAUGAGCCUCUGUAUCUGGAUUUUCUCAGUACUUUUCAUAUUCUUCAAUGCAUACGUUUUUCACAGCUAUAUUUGGCUGCCCUUCAUUCCAUUGUUGUUUCUGCUGGCUGUUGGGACAAAGCUACAAGCUAUUAUAACGAGAAUGUGCUUGGACACCAAUGACAAAUCCCAUGUGAUUCGAGGAAGCCUUCUCGUUAGGCCCAGUGACCAUUUCUUCUGGUUUGAUCGACCAGAAUUGCUUCUCCACCUAAUGCACUUUAUUUUAUUCCAGAACUCAUUUCAGCUGGCAUUUUUUUCAUGGACUUGGUACAAGUUUGGACUGAGAUCUUGCUUCCACCGACAAACUGAAGACAUUGUAAUAAGACUCACCAUGGGAGUGCUUGUUCAAUUCCUCUGUGGCUACGUAACACUUCCUCUUUAUGCUCUAGUAACUCAGAUGGGCACAUCAACGCUAAGAAAUGCAUUUCCGGAGGCAGUGGUCAGAGGCCUGAAAAGAUGGCGAGCAAAAGCCAGGAAAAAGAUAGCCAGGAGGAGCCAUUACGCCCCUUCUUUAGACGCUUCGUUAGAUGCUUCACUUACUUCACUAUCUUUCAGCACUCUCGACGCAUCCCUGUCUGUAGAACUAGGAUACGCUGCCGAUGAGUCCAUUAUAUCAACUGAGAUAGAAGAUGAAGACACUAGUGAUUCUGGAAAGCAAAUGGAGAAGGUGGGAUCUUUUGAGGGCUUGGAUAUGGGAAGAAUGCAACAGUUUUGAGUAACUUUUUGAAGGGAAGGGCUUGGAAGAUUUGAUGCUGCAGGCCAAAAUCAUGAGAUUGAUCCCGGGAAUGCAAUCAUUGUAAGUUUUUGAAGGAAAGGGUGUGGAAGAUUGAUAGAGAGUACCAACAACAUUUAUGGGAAAUGAUAAACUAUACUAGAUGGGAGAUUGUUGUCAAGAAAUCCCAGCUUGCGGCGUAACAUUUAAAGGCUGCUGCUCCAAUUGUCCUUGUUGAGUACCAGAUCAUGCUUUUGGAGGUUAUUUGAAAUCGGCCUUUUUUUUCUUCUUAUAUAAACAUCUAGCAAUGUUGAGUAAAUUUUGGACAUAAGGCUGGUAGAACAUAAGGCUGCUAGUCGAUUGAAGCACUGCUUCC